UCCCUCCAGCUGUAGCUCAGCUCUCAGGAAGGCGACGAGAUAGGCUGUUGAGGGCCAAGAGGCCCCAGAGGCCUGGGGGGUGGGGUGGCAAUGUGGCCACGACGGGUCUAUACCCACAAGAAACGGGCAGGCCGGGGGCUCAAUCUAACGCCGACGCCAGAUCUAGAAGCCCCGGCAAAGGCGAGGGCCUCCUCAGGUCACGGCCGAAGGCUCCCUGACUGCUGUAAGCCCACCAGGCUGGCGAGUGUAGAGGGCGGGGUGGCUGGGCCUGGGCCCCUGGGCUCCCGAGGCCUUGGCCCUGAAACCUGCCACCCUCUCAUAGGCCCAAAGAGAAAAGGCAAGACGCAUGGUUUGCAGAAAAUCCCGGAGAAGACAGAGCGGAGUGGGCAGGGGAGUAGCAGCUCUGGGCAGCCGAGCACUCAGUUAAGAGGUACAGAAGAGAAAAGCCUCCAAGAAAAUAGCCCUAGUGAAGAGGCCCUGGAUGAGAAGAUUGCGCCAUUGAGUGAGUCAGUGACAGAAGGCCUCCAGGUUGACAGUAGUUCAUCAAACAGUGAAAUAGUAUCAGGACUGAGUUUGCAGCAUGAUGUUUCUAGCUCUCUUCCGAGUUAUUCAGUCACAGACUCUUAUACGGAAUACAAGAGUUCUGAAGAGAGUUUAAGUAGCUUCCCAUCACCUGAACUCUUCAGAGGAUCAGAUUAUUUAGAUUGGGAGUGUCCCAUGUUGGAAGAAAGUGUAAUAUGUAAGAAUUCUACUCUUUUGGACACCAGUAAAGCAGUAGCGAUAGAGAAGGCACCUCAAUUUUCAAACCUCUCAGCAAUUUUAGGUACCUCUUCAGAAGACUAUCAAAAAUGCCAUAGAAAUAUUGUGAUGAUAGCAGAUCAAAAUAUUUCUCCAAAACCAAAGAGUACUUCAAAUUCAAAAUCAGAUAAUGCAUCUUGUGAAGUUUUACUUGCUGAGAAAACUUAUCCUUCAUCCUCUGAAAAAAUGAAGAAAAAAAAUACAAAUUCCAGUACUUCUGAUAAGAAAAGCAGAGGCCUGUUAACAAGUACUCCAUCUUCCCAAACAGCUGGUUUAGCGAUUGAUUUAUCCUCAGUACAAAAACCAUCUUUUGAAGAACUGUUUCCAAAUGUCAGCAAUUAUGUUAAUUCAAAUGAAAUUGUGCCUGUGUCAAGUUUGCAAGAAAAUUCUUCAAAUGAGGUUCCUUCAAAUACAUCAGAAAUGUGUUGUAUUAUUAAAGCAUCACCAGGAACUAGACAAGUAGAAAGUAAAAGUAUUAUUUUAAAGAAGAAGAAAUAUUCUCUUCCUAAAGAUACUCCUCAAGGUGGCACGACUGUCAUUUCUGAAGGGUCUCUGCCAUUAAAAGUCCUGCUUAGAUUGGGUUAUUAUAGUUUUUCACAGACCGUAAUUACUGAGCAUGGUAAUGCUAACACUCUAAAUGAUCCACUGUAUUCCAGACAUACUCCUCCUUGCCUCCACUAUGGUGCAGUAGUCUGGUUUCUCCUUGGUGGUCAGGAUCAGUCACCUUAG